AUGUAUUGGAGUACAUCAACUAGAGAAGAAGAAAGCACCUUCUUUGAAGUCCCUCCAGAAAAGCAGCGAAUCCGUAAUGGCUGGUUACCAAGGUCGACCAACCUGCCCGCCUGCUUGCCCAGCGGCCACCACAUUCCCUCCAGGCUCAACGCCCAGGGCGUGCGACCUGCCUUGCCCGCCCAAAUGUUGCCCGCCCGCGUGUCCCCCAGCGUGUCCCCCAGCGUGCUGUCCGCCCAAGUGUUGCCCGCCAAAGUGUUGCCCGCCAUCCUGUUGCCCCGGGGGAUGUGGUCCCAAGUGCUGCUGCGGACCCUGCAGUCCCUGCCCGCCCAGACCGUGCUGUGCACCGUGCUGUGGACCGUGCGGUCCCACGAUUCCUCGAUGCCCCACUCCCUAUCGCUAAUGUUUGGGAGUUAAUGGGAGAGAAUUAGUAAGACAAUUUAUACAAACACACUGAGCGCAUAGGAUGGAGAAGCUGGACGUUGAGAACGACAUUAUCACC